AUGGCGGCAGCGAGUGCUAGAAGCGCUCUUUCUUUCGGAGGACCACGUUCGACGGGUCGUCUUUCGGAUUCUCAUCGAGCGGUUGGUUUUGUUCCGUUGCCUGCAAUAGGGAAGAAUGUUCUGGGUUUUGAUUUCGCCCGAAGGGGAAGGUCUUCCCAUGGUCGGGGGCAGCGGAGGUUUGUGGUGUCUGCGAGCAGCUCGGAAAAGCAGAGCGAAGAGAAAAUAGUUACCGUGGAUGUUACUGCUCCGUCUGGUUCCAGAAACAAGUGAGAACGACCAUUUGAAAUCUUCACAUGCAGUCCACUUUGCUUAGUCUUUAAUCAGUUACGAUAGUUCUAAUCUCAUAAUACCUUGAUCAUUUAGCCUUUCCAAUAUCUGAGUAUUAAACAAAAUAUAAGCGACAGUUUUCCGUGGAUAACUCUCGAAUAUUCUAGUCGUGAAUCCGAAUUGUCUACGUGUUUUGCGCGGGCAAGUUCCUUUGAAAUGCUAUUAUUAUACAAUUAUCUAUUUUUUCAGGAUACAGCGCCACACUAUAUCAGUGUUUGUGGGAGAUGAGAGCGGCAUGAUCAAUAGAAUUGCCGGGGUCUUUGCUAGAAGGGGGUACAACAUAGAAUCUCUUGCCGUUGGUCUGAACAAGGAUAAAGCACUCUUCACGAUCGUUGUCUCUGGGACUGAGAGAGUAUUGCUGCAGGUGGUAGAGCAGCUGAAUAAGCUUGUUAAUGUGUGGAAGGUUAGGAUUUACGAAUUUGUACGGAUCUUAUUUUUAUGUUGAGUACCAAUUUAUUUUGGAAUGUUAUAUGAUCUUUCUGAGUUAUUGCAUUCCACAUUUUGAUAUGGAAAUCUUGCUGCAAAAAAUGUAGACUGUAAACAGAAUCAUACAUAAUAUCUGUUAAGAGAAGCCUUGACUUUCUUAUCUAGUAUGUGCUAAAAAGCUAAUAAUUUAUUUGCAGCAACUCAUUGAACGUUGAAGUCAUUGCAAAUAUUAUUGGUCCAAUUAUUGAUAUCUGGUUACUGGCUUAAUCUUCCGAGUUUAGUGAAAUAUUAUAUAGACCAUGAGGUUAACUGAAUUGCAGAUGGUGAAGUUUUUAACUUAUAAAUAUCAAAUCACGGAAAUUAGCUAUGGUGGAUGUAUGCUGCUUUUUUAUUAUCUUUUAAGCAUCUAUCUAGUUAUGUCUUGUGGAGUAUCCUCUCAAUUUAUAUGCAUCUGGUUUGGGAUGAAAAGGGCUACUAUAUUUAAACUAAUGGCUAGGCUCUAUGUGCAUAUCAAUUGGGAGUAAUGACUUUUAACACUUCUUGCUGAGAGCUUCUUUGUUUAUAAUGUGAUACUCGUCGCUACUGUGUAUGGUUAUGAAAGUCGUGUUGUAUUCACCAGUGCUUUCUGAUUCAGGUUUUGAUCCAUGUGAUGACAUGUGAAUGGCCUAAUAAUUUACUGGUCUUGCCGGCGUCAGGGUUAUUUUCCCUAUUUAUGUUUCUCAUGGCAUUCUUUAAAUGAAGAUAUUCUAUGUCCAAAACUUUUAUUUUCAAAAACAAUGCUUUGCCUCCAGGAUACUGGUGAAAUGAACGAAUAUUUGCCUCUCUGAAAGAGGAUGCAUUUUCUCCUCUGGUUGUCCUGUCAUAUCAUAUUACAUUAUAUCAUUUUUGUGCAUUUCACAGGUGGAGGAUCUUUCUAAGGAGCCCCAGGUUGAAAGGGAGCUGAUGCUGAUAAAGCUCAGUGCGGAUCCUAGCACUCGACAAGAGGUAAAGCUCUUGCGUGUGCUUACUGGGUUGCCUGAAAUUAGAAUGAACUUUCAGUCUUUGACUUGGAUUGCUGAAAUUCAAUUUGGCACGUUGGCAUUUGCGUUUUUAUGCUUUUUAAAAAAACUCAAAUAUUUAUAAUCCGUGUAAGAACAUUGCCCAUUGAUUCAAGUUGGCAAGUUUGCAUCUGGUUUUGUCCUGGUUCUACUCUUUUCAGUUGAUUCGUAGUUUCCAAGUCAGAACUGUUAAUGGUUAGUUUAAUUAUUUCUCAUUUUACCUUCAGUUUUUUCUUUAUCUCCAUGUUAGCAUCACUUCUAUGGUGGCAUACGCUUUUGAGUAGUUUCUGCUGAUAGUUUUUAUUGCUUUCAACUAUAAUAACUACUACCCUCGCAACAUUAGAAUCAUCUCACACCAGCAAGGCUAACAAGGCUACAUCCUCGAGAACUGCUAUAUUGAAUCUUGCCCUCCUGAAUAGCAUAAGGAAUCCAACUAUAUGACGAAAAGUUGCUUUUUACUAAAUUUUGUGUCUUAGCUGAACAAUUCAUCUAGCUCGCCUGCAGGUUAUGCAUUUGGUCGAUGUCUUCAGAGCAAAAAUUGUUGAUAUUUCGGAAGACACGGUAACAAUUGAGGUAAUUUCCAUGGCAUCACUUCUUUCAUAUAUCCUCAUUAGUAUGUUAUCCCUUGCUACAGUUUAUUUCCGUUUAUUUCAAGGAUACAGGUAACUGGAGAUCCUGGGAAAAUAGUUGCAGUGCAAAGGAACUUGAGCAAAUUUGGAAUUAGAGAAAUUGCUAGAACUGGCAAGGUUAUGAAUUUUUCAGAAACUGAUUUCACACGUCUUGUUUGCGUUGGUAACUUCAACUUUUUUUGUCCCAGUAGAUUGCCUUGAGGCGUGAAAGAAUGGGUGAGACUGCCCCUUUUUGGAGAUUUUCUGCUGCUUCUUAUCCGGACCUUGAAGAUUCAAUGCCAGUAAACUCUGUUAAGAAGUCAUCGAAUAUAGUAUUCACCAGCGAUUCAGAUUCAUCAUCAGGGGUACUAUUCUUUUGUCGAAUCUGAUUCAUUAUCCAGAAGUCAUUUGCUCUGGGCUGAAACAUAAGGCAUCUUUCUGUUUACUGGCAAACGUUGCUAUAUUUCUGUAGCUGACUUUGGCAUUCCUUUUGGUUUUGAUGGGUCCCUCUUACUGUUUUUCUUUUUCCAUAUCGUCAUUGAACUAAAUAAGGACAGAUCCUUUUGCCAAGUCAAACAUAGUAUUUGAUAACAACUCCUAGAAGUUUAUUAUUUUAAUCUGAUUUCUCCCCUGGAAAGAUGUUGACUCUCCUUUUCUUUUUUAUUUCAUUUAAACUUCUUCGAAUGUUAGCUCCCUUGUUUUGCUGCACUGAGUUAUUUUUCCUUGCACUUUAACGGGCAGCACAUUCAUUUUAUAGCGUAACAUCCCUUUUUCAUUUCUUCUUACUGGAGAGUUUUGAAUUAUGACGGGGAAUAUUAUAUUCUAGAUUUUUCUCGUACACCCAAGUGGGAUCUUCAUGACAUGCUGCUCCUACAAUAUCAAAUCUAAUGACAGGUCUAGUGCAUCUUGGGCCUGUUGGGAGUUAAUGCAUGGUCGGCUGGCUUCCUAGUUUACUCUGAUUUUCUCUUCUAGUAGUAAGCACUGCUGCCUGUUUGGUGGUUUAAUUGUUCGACCACAAUUUCCAAUGUGGAGAUGCUGAUUUGAACUACGCUUUUCCCCUAUUUUUUCAAUAAGUUUGGUUUGCUUUAUUUAAUGGUAUGCCAUAAUCUGUGGAGUCUUUUCCUGUAAUGUUUUCUGGUUUUCAAAACUUUUGAUAUGUUCUCACAGGCUUCAUCGGUUUUUCUUGGUUUAUGAAAUGAAGGGUGAUGUCUAUCCUGUGGAGUCAGAUGGGGGAUUUUCAGUGAAUCAAGUUCUUGAUGCUCACUGGGGCGUUCUUCGUGAUGAAGAUGUAAGUAUCUUAGCGUAUUCCUAGGUGGUUUCUCAGAAUACCAACUGCAAAACUCUUUUCAAUACUUUGCUCCUAGAAAUUCUCUUGUUCGGUAACUCAAAAUUCCCUGUUAAAGCAAAAUUUUCAGUCAUGUUCACUGCUGCUGUUUGUCUAUUUUUAGCCAAGGAUGUGCAACUGGAUGUUCGUCAUAUGCAGUCAGAAUUUUUACCGUUUGUUGAGCUGUUUGAACUUUCAACCCAAGUAGCAAGACACUUACGUUCAUUUCUUUGAGGAACUGGCAAUUUGGGCAAUGUCUGCGGAUUGCGACGGGCAUUUCAUUAGCUACAACCACCUAAGCGCUAAAAAAUUUAAAAUAAAUUCUGACUUGCCGAACUUUAUCUAUCCAUUCAUUUGGCAGGUCCUCCUGAUUCAUUUUAUCUCUUCUCUUAAAUAAAUUUCUACCCAAAUGGCAGGCACCUUAUGACUUUAUUUUAGACUUUUCAACUCCAAUGUUGUCCGUUCAUGCAUAUUUGGUUUUUUUUUUAAUGAGACCUAGUUCAGUUGCGUCAGUAACUAGUCACUUAUCUUACUAAGAUGAAGUUUAGGAGGUAAUGGUUACCAUUAGUGGUGCUUCGGGUCACACUCCUUGUUGGAAAUCUUCAGUUAUAAUUUAUAUUACUUGGACUAUGAUUGAACUCUAAUGUUUGUUUUUUAUUUCUUUUUUUCAGUCAAGCGGUCUUUGUUCGCACACUUUGUCUAUACUCGUAAAUGACACUCCUGGUGUUUUAAAUAUAGUAACGGGUGUCUUUGCACGCCGAGGGUACAACAUUCAGGUUGUCUACUUUCUUUUCACUAAGACUGUUCAUUUUUAUUUUUAUUUUCAUUUUCUCUAAGACAGUCCAGGCUACAACAUUCAGCAUUCAUUUUAAAUCAUAUUUUUCGUCGCUGUUAGAGUCUGGCUGUGGGACCUGCAGAAACAGAGGGACUCUCUCGUAUUACGACUGUGGUUCCUGGAACGGAUGAAUCCAUCAGCAAGUUAGUUCAGCAGCUAUACAAGCUUAUUGAUGUCCAUGAGGUGAUCAUUAAACUACUCUUAGGUACAGAGGGGAGAGAUCUUUUACUAAAGGGAAAAAGAACGGCGUUAUUUCAGGUGCAAGAUAUUACUUUUUUGCCAUUUUCCGAAAGGGAAUUGAUGUUGAUAAAGAUAGCUGUAAAUGCUUCUGCUCGGCGGGACGUUCUAGACGUCGCUAGCAUUUUUCGCGCAAAGGCUGUUGAUGUGUCUGAUCACACUGUCACUCUUCAGGUAAUUCAAUUUUCCAGCAUUUCUUUCCAUUUAUCUAUACUUAUUGGUUUUCUCAUCUGUUGUAAAUUUGGUCCUCUCUGGUCUCACAAUAAAUUUUCCUGAAAACUUUAAUAAACAUUUAAGUGCCUAUAUCAGUAUGGUUGAUCAUCACACGACGGCGGCACCAUUACUCUGUUAUUCAAAGUUUGUAAAAUUUAAGCGAUCACUCCCGUAAUCAAUGAUGCGAUACCAUUACCCUAUUCAAAGUUGCUCUGUAAGGACAAGGAUAUGAUCAUCAGACAGAGAAUGCUUGUCAGAUGAGAUAGAGAGAGGUUUGCUACAGCCUUUUGAUACGUCGAUGGAAGAAGCGUCACUUAUGCUUUAUCCAUAAAUAAAAAGGCUGCCUGACGGUUGAAUAAUUUUAUUUUGAUUUUUUCUUGUGGUAAUCUUUUGAGCUCCACCAUCUUCUUGAAACUCUCGUUGGGCAAGUGAGAACGCCGACGCAAAACAGAGCCCAAUUUCUUCACCUGUAUGUAAUUUACCCCUUUGGCGAUUGUGACCUCGAGCUUGUUCAACCUUUGUUCAGGUGACGGGAGAUCUGGAUAAGAUGGUUGCACUACAAAGGCUUCUGGAACCCUACGGCAUAUGUGAGGUACGGCUGCAAACCUUCCAAAAAUGGAGUUGUGGAGUCUCAUGCUUAACUAUUGAAACCAGUAUGAAUCUUUGGUUACCCAAGUGACAGCACACUUCAAAGGAGAUUCACAUCUUCUCUCUCACUCCCCCUCCUGAAAUGCAGGUGGCGAGAACGGGCCGGGUGGCGCUGGUGCGGGAAUCCGGGGUCGAUUCCAAGUCCCUCAGAGGCUAUUCCCUUCCAGUGUAG